GUUUAUUACCUCAAGUGACCCAGUGUUAUGUUCAUCUUCAUCUUCAUCCUCAUCAUUUACCUUUUGUCCUUCAUUAUCUUCAUCUCUAUUUCCCAGUAUCAUCAGUGAUCAUCCCAACACUAAAUGAACCCAAUCAAGAGCAGCAACCUUUAACCCGGUAAAAGCCUUGCUCCUUUCAAGAGACGUUGUUUUUCCGACCUUGGAUUAGGAUUGUUUAAAUGUUACCCAAAUGACCAGGAUGACCGUGAUGGUGAUGAAGGUAAUGCCAGCCACUGUUAUGGACCAAGAUUUGGAUUAAAGGAAAAAACUGCUCUAAUAUUGCCUCUACUGAUUGGUGUUGAUAAAGUGUCGACUCUUACGGAACCCUUUUUAUUGACUACUGAAGAUAUUGCUCGUCGUUCAGUCCAACCACCAACAAUGUCUAGAUCUUCACAUCGAGAUCGAAGUCAGCGUAAAACUUUACCCGUGAUUGGCAAGAAAAUUGGUGAUCUCGAGAGUUAUGUUAAACCCAUUAAAGGAUCAUCUUCUUUAAAUGCUCCGAUUGACAGUUUUUCUCGUCCACCAUCUUAUGAAUCUGAAUCUUGGGCUGUCCCGGUUCAAACCAUGACUCAAUCAGAUUCAGAUGAUCAACAAGACUCUAGUGAAAGUGAAAGUUCAAAGGUUGACUUUGGUACAGUUCAUCAUUCAUUGGCAAAGGAAAAGGUUGAACCAACGGAUAAAAGUUCAGCAAUGGAAACAAUGGAAUAUAAAUUUCAACAAACUCGAAGGAAACGUCAACAAGUUAAAAAGUCGAGCCGGUUAACACCAAUAGCCACAGGUCUAAGUGGCUCCAAGGAUUCCGAGAGAGCCAAAUCAGUGGACAAAGAGACUGGACAAGUUAUCCAAACGAUCAAAGGGAUCGUGGAUUUAAAGCCAGCUGAGUCAAUUGAUGAAGGUUUACCUGAAUAUUCAUCAAUGAAUUCUGAGCAAGCAGACAGUAAACUUUUGUCUUCAACUGGGAGUAACAAUGCAAAUACCAACAAAAAUAGUUCUAGUACAACGGCAACAACAACAACAACAACAGUAACAGCAACAUCAAGCUCGGCCAACAAUAGGCAAACAUCAACCUUGAGACCAAGGAGAGGAAGGAGUGGAGGUGGGGAAAGGCGAAGCUCAUCUGAUCCUUUUGGAUGUAACCAAACUUCCCAGUCACUGAGUAAAACUGUUACAGACCACUUGAAAUCACGAGGAAGUAUAACGGUUCCUUAUAGUGGUAUAACCAUCUCAAGAGGUUUAGCAUCGGGUUAUUUGAGGCCCUCAGUGGUUAACCUUUAUGGUGAUUAUGAGCCAGAGGAGGGAUUAAGAGGUUUAGUCAAGAGGAUACUGGAUCUAAGUCAACCAAGUGCCAACAACCUAAAUCACAAUCAUCGUCAUCUUCAUCAUUAUCAUCGUCUUCGUUAA